AUGGCUGAAGUAGCGCAAAAUUCUUCCGCCGAGGUUCAGGCCAAACAAGUCGUCUAUUGUGGUGUCUGCACACUUCCUCCAGAGCAUAUUAACUCGGAAGUGUUCCAGUACUGUGAAUUCGGCGGUACCGCAAAGAAGUGCGAAGAAUGGUUGAAGGAUAAUCAUGCAGAUUUAUAUCAGCGGCUGUACUCGGAAGAAGCCCUUAGCUCCAAUCUGUCCGAGCUGUCAGUAUCCGUUCGGGAGCGUGCAGCCAAAGAUGCCGCCAAGAAGGAAGCGAAAGCUGCUGCUGCUGAAGCACGCGACGCCGAGCGGAAGGCAGCGGCCAAGAUUCAGAUCAAGCGUGUUGAGCGCAACAAACGCAAACAUGUCACCGUUAUCACAGGGUUGGAAGUACAUGGUUUGGAAAACAAGAAAGUCGCAAAGGAACUGGGAAAGAAAUUCGCUACUGGUUCCUCGGUAACGAAGUCGCCCGCAGGGGUCGAGGAAAUUACAGUGCAAGGUGACGUUAGUGAGGACGUUCAAGAGUGGCUUCUGGAAGUAUAUGGGAAGGAAAUUCCUGAAUCCAACAUCGAGCUUGUCGAGGAUAAGAAGAAGAAGACAAGCGGCUGA